AUGGAUAACAGUUACCGAUCGAAGAAAUGGGGAGCGAUAGAAUGCGAAUGCUUGGAAGCCCACAACAAAUUUAGAGCACUUCAUGGAGCUCCGCCUUUAAAGCUAAAUGCGAAACUUUGCCGCGCUGCAGAAGCAUGGGCAAGGGAAGUUGCUAAAAAAGGACAAUUGAUUCACAGUGCGGCUGCAGAUUACGGCGAAAAUAUCUAUUGUUGUACCGAUUGUAAAAAAUUUAAUGGUAGCAUGGCGGCCCAAGCUUGGUAUAACGAAAUCGAACAUUAUGAUUUUGAAAAAUCUGUAUUUUCUAUAGAAACUGGUCAUUUCACACAACUUGUUUGGAAGGAUUCUGUAAAUUUGGGAGUGGGCUAUAAAAAAGUAGGCAAUAAAUUAUAUCUGGUAUGCCACUAUAAGCCAUCGGGCAAUAUUAAAGGAAAAUAUAAAACAAUGGUCUUGCCAAAAACUGAGGCGUAG